UGGCACUAUGCCAGCUAGGCAACUUAUCUUUGAUAAUGGUUCGCGCAUUUUCUAAUAACAUGGGGUGUAAUAAUAUUAUUAGGCUUUUUGUAAUUGUGAUCACAGUUUCCAAUUUGUGUUUUUGUUCUAAAAGCAGGAGGUCAUCAAGUCUUUCCGAAUCAUCAAGAGCACAGUUGAAUGUAGAACUCUAUACAGGACCAGAGACGAUUCUUUCAAAACAGAUAAGCUAUGAAGGCGUUAGUUUGAUUAUUGGAUCCAACUAUGAGCGUGAAUUGAAAACUUCAGAACCAAUUUACAAAUGUAUUCUUACUGAUUUACCUGAGUGGUACACAGGACCCGAACUUCUGGAACGUCCUAGAAGCUAUAGAAUAAAUCCAAGUGAAGAAAGGUCAUCAGAACAUGUUUCAGAUUAUUUUUCUCAUUUCUUCAGAGAAUUUUGGCUGUGUAGAGAUCCAACCAAUGCGAACCAACCCGAAUUCUACAAAGUGGUUAACCAGUUGAUAAGUGUAAGAGAUAUUUUUGAAAUCAAAUACUAUCCUUACAUUGAAGUGGCUACUGUCGACUAUUUGGGAUCCAAUAAAAACAGCGCCAAAAUUAAAGAAAUCAAGUUCAUCUACAAAGAUGGGGGAAGGUUUUAUAAUCUCAAAUUUGAUUCUAAGUUGAUCGAUGAAAUUUCUAUGGAUCAAAUCAAUUCCAAACCACAAACAAAUCCUAGUUUUAAGGAAUAUGCACAUUCUAUCGUACCAAUGCGAGUCGGGAGUGAGGGAGCAGUCAAAGACUUUCUUUUUACACCCAACGAUAAACCUAGGAAAUUGAUCAAUAUUUCUCCAGCUGGGAUGAAUUUGAGGAUCGGUUCGACAUGGCACAAAAAAUUCGAAGGUGGACUAGCUAGAACUACAAAUGAGUACAUUUGCAGAAGAGAGUAUGGCCUUGACUUUCCUCAUAUAUUCACGCCAGAGUGUUCUGUAAAGCACAACCUUACAAACUCGGAUAAAAGUAUUUAUGCAAAAGUCACUGCUGAGGAUUUCCCAAGAAUGUUUACGGUGGCAAACCGCGAAGUCUGGCUUUGUAAAAAUAAUCAUGGUCCGAUCUACCGUGUGGUCAAUCUAGUUAUUGGAAGAGUGCCAAUAAAAAGCAUUGAACCAGAAGAUGACAUCAUUCUGAUACAUUCCAUUAAUAUAACUGAUGGAGUUAGUGUGAUUUUUAAAGAAGUCGGAUUCUUCAAACUUUAUUCAUUAGAACGACAUGAUUAUGAAACCCCAUAUAUACUAAAAGAGGAUGAUACUGUCAGGGAAUCGAAAUUAGGAAAUUCUCUGUUUUGGGAUGGCAGAUAUAAGCUACCAAGAAUGGGAAUUUAUAAGAAUAUAAUCAACGCAAAAGGGUAUGACCUGAGAAUCGGAUCUAAAACAAGUGGACCAUUAAGUACUAAUGUUAACAAUCUUAAAUCCAGCUGUGGAGAGAGAAAUUAUUUUCAUCAAGAUUUUCUUACGAAAUUGAGAUUAAAAAUGAAGGUGGAUGAUGUGGUUCAAAGCAAUGAGUUGAUUGAAGACAUUGAUGAGUCUCAACACUUCUUCAAGUACAAAAAUAAUAGGGUUUGGAAAUGUGAGGAAAAAACAACUAAUAAAGUGAGUGAAUAA